UGCAAAUGCCAUGUUAAUACAGAUUUGUAUUUAAAGUGUCAGUGUAACACUGGGGUAUUUUUGUUAUUUAAAAUAUAUAGAAAAUAAUAAAAUCGUUACAGCAAGUGCGAAAUUCGAAAAGUUGAUAUUUAUCGAGAUAUUUGAUGUUGUUUCAAAAACACACCUGUACGGACUACGCACCCGCUCCGUUUCGGGUACACAGAAAUCUGUGACGUCACAAAGUGAACAUUCGAUCUGUAUACGGCCGGCCAUAUUGAUUUUUAUACUCGAAGCGAGAAGAGCAGACUAAAUUCGACACGGCGUUUAAUGUGAUCAGGUUGUGAUUUUAGAACAAUGUCAGAUGUUAUUAAGAAGCGGAGUGUAGGUAAGCGGUGUAUGGUAUAUGGUUGUUCAAAUACGUACGGCGAUGGAGUUGCGCUGCAUUUGUUUCCGCUGGACAGACCCGAGAUGUGCAAGAAAUGGACCAACUUUGUGAAGAAGAAAAGAGACAAGUGGGAUGGACCAACAAAAUACUCGGCUGUUUGUGAAAAACACUUCGACAUUGGAGCAUAUCCCCAGAAGUAUUCAAUUCUUCAAUCCCUUGGACGAACUCCUCCUAAGAAAAAGAAACUCAACCCCGAUGCCAUCCCAACGAUCCAGGUUGAAUCCCCGGGGCCAGCUGCUGAGCCUGUGCUGUUGACACCGUUAUGUGCAUCAACCCCAAAGUCAAAAACGCCAAGAUCGGCAUUCGUGAAACGGGAAAAUAGACGGAUUAUCAACAAGAUCAUGGAAUGUCCCAUAACAGAUAUAGAGGAACCAUGCUCCAUGGAUACAGACCAAGAGGACACUUUUCCUACAGUAAUUGAGACCCCAACAGUAAUAAUGAAGGCGACCACAAAAACCUGUGGAACGCAAUUGUCACUGAUGAAACCAAAUGCAAGAGCUGUACGCAUUCAGGUCACGCCUCACACAAAGGAAAAGGGAUGCCAGACUCCUAAAUCACAGCCAAAGAUGAAAGAUGCAGAAGUCCAAUGUGAUAUUUUGAAGGUGCCAGCAGUGAAAUCUGUAGUUUUACCAUCAGAAGACCUAAACCAGUCUUGGGUUUCUUCAGACCACUGUAUGGACCAUGACGACUCCGACUACCAGCCAUCAGACUCAGAAUCAGAAGGCUCUGAUUAUUUAAAUGAAGACAGGGCUCAAGAUCUAGAGGAUGAAAGGAUGUUCAUUGUCAGUGAGAACAGGUUAAUGGACCUAUUCAGAGCUUGUCCACUGUGUUCAUCACCAUCACUGGGAAACAUAACUCAUUCAAUGGGAACAUUGAUCAAAAUUGAACAGGACUGUGGUGUUUGUGGUCACAACAGAGUGUGGAACAGCCAGCCAAUGGUAGGGAGUAUUCCGUUGGGUAACCUAAAAAUGUCCUGUGGGAUCCUUUUCUCUGGGGCUCUACCAGCUAAGACGCUUAGGAUCUUUCAGUUUAUGAACUUGCCAUCAAUAUCAAAGGAGACUUUCAUGAAGCACCAGAAAUCCUACCUACAGCCAGCCAUUGUGGACUUCUGGAAAGAACGUCAGAGGAUGUACCUUGAGGAAGCCGGAAGAAAUGGUCGUCCGAUAUGCAUUGGCGGAGAUGGACGAUGUGACACACCAGGUCACUCUGCAAAAUUUGGCAGCUACUCUGUCAUGGAUUUGGACAAAGGACAAGUCAUUGAUGUUCAACUUGUGCAGAGUAAUGAAGUGCAAAGCAGCUGCCACAUGGAGAAGGAGGGACUAUCGCGCAGCAUGGCUUUCCUAAAAAAUUUCAUAGAAAUCGACACCAUUGUCACUGACCGCCACGUCCAAAUACGUAAAUGGGUGAGGGAAAAUAUGACUGACACCAAGCACUGUGUUGAUGUGUGGCAUGUUGCUAAAGGACUAAAGAAGAAAGUAUUGGCUCUUUCAAAGGAGAAGGACUGUGGGGAGCUCAGCAGUUGGAUCAAGAGCAUCACCAAUCAUCUGUACUGGGUUGCUGCAUCUACACCUGAUGCAGAUGCAGAUCUGAUGAUGCAGAAGUGGCGUUCAUUAGAGAACCACAUCCAAAAUAUCCACGAGGGUCAUGGUCAGCUAUUUCCAAAAUGUCUGCAUCCAGAUCUCGCAGGACAGGAAAGAAGGAAGAGGUGGCUGAAGCCAGGAACUAAAAGUUUGGAGAAGUUGCUGCCAAUCCUGGGGAACCGUCAGAUGAAAAUUGACAUCCCCAUGCUUUCCACCAACCAGCAAACAUCAGAGUUAGAAGGUUACCAUUCUGUAAUCAACCAUUUCGCACCAAAAAUGCACGGAUUCUCCUAUUACGGAAUGGUGUGCAGACUUCUACUUGCUGCACUUCAUUUUAAUGAAAAUGGAGGGAGGGACUCUGCUGUCACCAAAGAUGGUGCUACACGCAUUAAUAUUGUUUUCCCCAAACACAAGAAAGGAGGAUACACUGUCCGUGAAGUGAAGACAGAGCCAACAUACAGUUACGUUCAUGAGCUAUUACAAAGCACACUGGAAAGGGUAAAAACCACUACCAUGAAGAACUCACAGGACAGCCUUAUGGAUCCGCCUCCUGCAUUAUGCAGUACAUUUUGCCGUCCAUCAAAACAGGAAGCUAUUGCUUCACUACAGUCCCGUUUCUGUUGUGAAUGAAGUCACUCAUCACCAUAGUUGAAGCCAGUCACUAUUUCUCCUUCAGGACAUGGAAAAGUCUGUCUUAUGACGUGCACUGCACAGGCAGGAAGUGGGACUCGAACAUUCCUCCCAAGAAAACCCCAACACCAUCGAACAAGCUGUCUGUAUGCGGUGUACCUAUAUCGCCUAGGAAAAAAAUAGACACAUAUUAUAUAGGUGUACAAAAUUGUACUUUAGACUGAUAGCAUCAGUAUUAGUUUGUUUGUUAAAAUCACUGAAUUAGUUAAAUAUUUCAUACUAAAGUAGUGUAAAAUUUUACUGCAGUAGAUCAAUGAUAUAAUUUUCAUUGGGUGCUAGUGGUGGGCUCCAGUGUUUUUCAAGAUAGUUUGGGGUGUCAUGUCUUAUGUUUUGGAAUCAACCAACUAAUGAACAUGGCCAAGGAAAUACAAGUGCUAUAUUUUUAUUAACUUAAUAUUUGCGAGCAUGAUACUGUUUAUAACAGAUGAUCAUGAAGUGAUAGCUACUUACGCUGGACUUUCUGGUAUGUUGCCAUUGUGGUGUUGUCUAAAUGCAUGGUAUGCUGUUCGUAGCACAAAGACAUUUAGGCAGACUGGAGCAAAUCCAGGAUGUUGUGUGAUACAUUUCAAAUCUGGGAUUUCGCCUCUGAUGUGUUGAAUCUGCAAUAUUUCAGCACAGCAGAUGCAUUCUGUAGCUGUUGGCAUCUCGUGACAGUUUUCACAUUGGCACCUAUAAAUGAAAUUUAUCUUCAAUAAGUGUCAAAAUAUAUUGUAUAUGAAAAUUGUAAUGUGUAAUGUAUACAGGCCAAUGAGGUUUUUAAUAUUUGUAACUAAAUUGGUGCUUUAUAGUGCAGGUUAACUGUCACAACAAUGGAAACAUAAAUAUGACAACAAAUCGAUA